AUGAGCGUGCUGAUCCGCAACGCGCAGCGCGCCGCGCCUCUGCGCCGGGUGCCGCUCCGUCGCGCCGUCUGCGCGCUGCGGGCCGCGCUGGGCGCCGCGCGCUUCGACGUGGCGCUGAUCUGCGCCGGCGACGGGCUGAUGAAGCGGCUGAACGGCGCGUACCGCCGGCGCCCCGAGCCCACCGACGUGCUGUCCUUCCCCUACCACCGGGUGGCGCCGGGCGAGCUCCCGCGGCCGCGCAGCCGCGACGAGUACAACCUCGGGGACAUCUUCCUGGGGGUGGAGCUCAUCCAGCGGCGGUGCCGCCGGGACGGGGAGGACUUCGAGAGCGUGCUGACGGUGAGCGCCGCGCCGCGGGGGCGGCCGGGCGGCGGGCUGGGAGGCGUUGCCUUUGUUUUUCUUCUUGGCUUUUAG